GAAGCAGGAGGGGUGUAGAAGCUUCUCUGAAACAUUUAUUUGAAAAAUUCGUUCACGCCCAUUCCUGCUCAACUUAUUAAUCUUCUUCCAUUUCCAAGCAAUAAACUAUUCUUUUCUUCGACCCCACAAUACUGCUUUUCCCUACAACUCUGCUCCCCGUCUUCAAUUCCCUCUACCCUUCCCCCUUCACUUAAUUCCACAGAUCUUUGGUGCGGUUCCGUGUGGUGGACUUAUAAAUUUUGAACAUUUCAAGUUUAAGCCUUCUAGACAUCAAGUUUGGUCUUUAUUCGGAUUAUAGCAUCUGUUGUUUUGAUCUGGUUAUGUAAACAUGAGUGUCUGCUUUCCCGUUAGUCAAUCUUCCAUAAAUGCCGUUAUCGUGAAAGGUCGUACUAGGCUGCUGAUGAGCAGUAACAUCUGCAGUCUUCAGACCAGAGGAACUUCCUGUUCAUUUUCUUCCAGUUUUUACCCCGGCAAGUCAGAGACAAAUUAUGUUACUCUUUCUAUUUGCAGAAAACCGUCUUGUUCAAUGAUUAUGGGCCAAACUAUCAAAGGAGGUUACCUUGGAUCAUGCUGCUCCAAGCAAAGGGGAAACACUCAAGUCUUUAGCUCUGUAGUAUCUGGUAAGAGACAUAGCGAUAUUUCAUUGUCAUGUCAAAGUUUGAGUAUGAGGCUGUCGGUUCCUAAACAAAAAAUGCUUUCCAAACUUAAGUGCAACGUCGGACGAAUAACUUGGCCACGUGGUUGUGCUUCAGUUGGCUUUAUUUUCGGAUUGUUUGUUUGUAAUUUAAGUUCUGAGCCUGCACAUGCUGAGACAGAUCAUGGAAGUGAGAAUAGGAACGAUGACUGCGAAGAGUCAAAUGUUAAACUAGCACACGGGAAGAAAGUUCACACCGACUAUUCUGUAAUUGGAAUACCUGGAGAUGGAAGAUGCAUGUUUCGGUCAGUUGCUCAUGGGGCUUGUUUGAGAUCAGGAAAACCCCCACCUAAUGAACGCCUUCAGAAAGAGCUAGCCGAUGAUUUACGGGCCAAGGUUGCUGAUGAGUUUAUUAAAAGAAAGGCAGAAACAGAAUGGUUUAUUGAAGGUGAUUUUGAUUCAUAUAUUUCACAAAUAAGGAAGCCUCAUGUGUGGGGAGGUGAACCUGAAUUAUUCAUUGCUUCACAUGUUUUGCAGAUGCCAAUCACUGUAUAUAUGUAUGAUAAGGAUGCUGGCGGGUUGAUAUCAAUAGCUGAGUAUGGCCAAGAAUAUGGCAAGGAAAAUCCAAUUAGAGUUCUCUACCAUGGGUUUGGUCAUUAUGAUGCAUUAGAUAUUCCAAGAAGAAAGGGUCCUAAGUCAAGACUCUAGAAUUUCACAUUUCAAAUGUUGAAGAGAUUAGAAUUUAGAAGGAUUUAGUGAUUUUAUUUUACCACUCCUUCGGUCCUAAAAUAAGUGGCAUAUAUGAUAAAAUUAUUUGUUUCAAAAUAAAUAUUUUUUUUAGUUUUCAA